AUGGUAAUUAAAUAUCUUCGCCAUUAAACCCUUUUCUCUGCGUUCCCAAAUCCCAAUCCAAAUCGAUACCCCCGUUCUUCAAAAUUGCGUUUCCUUUGCACAAAAAAAGGAUUCCCCAAAUUCUCAUCAUAUUUGGAUUUAGAUCAACUUACGAGGAGAUUUGUGUAGUAAUGUGAUUAAAUUUCUAUAUAUAUUAUGUUCCGCAUCAAGGAAAGAGUUAAGUGGAUGCUUCCUAUUGCCAAGCAUCAACUCAAAGGAUUCCCCUUUGCAAUUACUUCUAAAGGAUCGAACCGAAGGCCCUCCCUUCGUUCCUCGGCUAAUUCGACCGUGAAUUUUUCGUUUAUUCGUUCAUUUUCAGUAUCGGUUCAUUCUCCUGAGCAGGAGGUGGUGAUUGCUUUAGGGAGCAAUGUGGGCGACAGAGUCCGAAAUUUCGAUAAUGCCCUAAACUUGGUGAAGAAAUCGGGGGUGACAAUCACCAGACACGGCUUGUUAUAUGAGACCGCGCCUGCAUAUGUUAUUGAUCAACCUCUAUUUCUAAACUCCGCCAUUAGAGGGACGACGAAACUCGGGCCCCAUGAGUUGCUUAAUGUUCUGAAGCAAGUUGAGAAGGAUUUGGGGCGAACCGAUGGGGUUAGGUAUGGGCCUAGACCGAUCGACCUAGACAUUCUCUUCUAUGGGGAGUCCAAGAUCGAAUCGGAGUCUCUUACGAUCCCACAUGAACGAAUUUGGGAGAGACCGUUUGUAAUCGCUCCGCUUGUUGACCUAAUUGGGUCAUCUGUUGGCAAUGAAAUUGAAUCAAGUUGGCAUUCAUUUUCGAGAUGCAAUGGAGGGAUCUUUGAAAUAUGGGAGAAACUUGGGGGCGAGUCCUCAAUUGGAAAGGAAGGAUUAAGAAGGGUCUUACCAGUGAAAAAUUGCUUAUGGGACUGGUCGAAGAAAACCCACGUGAUGGGCAUUCUCAAUCUCACGCCCGAUAGCUUUAGCGAUGGAGGGAAGUUUCAACGAGUUGAAGAUGCGGUUUCUCACGUCAAGUUGCUGAUAUCAGAAGGUGCGGAUAUCGUCGACAUCGGAGCUCAAUCAACUCGGCCUUUUGGAAGUAGACUAUCUCCUGCCGAAGAACUUGAGAGGUUAAUUCCUGUUUUAGAUGCAAUUAUGCAAAUUCCUGAGAUUGAAGGAAAGCUGUUAUCGAUCGAUACUUUCUACUCCGAAGUUGCUUUUGAAGCAGUCAAUAGAGGAGUCCAUAUCGUUAAUGAUGUUUCUGGGGGGAAAAUAGACCCCAAAAUACUUAGUGUUGUCGGGGACCUCGAGGUCCCUUAUGUUAUUAUGCACAUGAGAGGAGAUCCAUUAACUAUGCAAAGUAAGCAAAAUUUGCAGUAUGAAGAUGUUUGCAAGGAAGUAGCCUGCGAGUUAUACUCACGGGUGAGUGAAGCUGAGCUGGCGGGAAUUCCCUUGUGGAGAGUAAUUAUUGAUCCUGGUAUCGGAUUUUCUAAGAAAUUGGAGCAUAAUCUUGAAACUCUUAUGGGAUUGCCUUCUAUUAGAAGAGAAAUUGGAAAAAGAAGUGUAGGUGGCUCGCAUUUACCGAUCUUGGUUGGACCAUCUAGGAAAAGAUUUUUAGGUGAGAUAUGUAAUCGAACUGAUCCAGUUGAGAGAGAUCCUGCUACUAUUGCAGCUGUUACGGCGGGGAUUUUGGGCGGUGCUAAUGUUUUGGGCGGUGCUAAUGUUAUAAGAGUGCAUAAUGUGGGUUAUGGUUUGGAUGCUGCGAAGGUUUGUGAUGCAUUGCUGAAACAAAGAAAAGCCACGGAAAAUGUGCGACAGGCGUAAAAAUAAUGGCCAGUUUUGUAUUAAGCAGCAAAUUCUCAUAAAAAAUGGACAAUACAAGGCCAUCAAUUUGGGAUGCAAAUGAAGUUUUAUUCGAGGAAUGGCAUCAAAUCUCAGCAAGAUUGGUGAAUUACAAUUUGGUUUGGAGUUGCUUUUUUGAAUUUUGGUUCGGAGCUUAGCUUUUCAAGCAUAUUGCUCAGCUUUCUCAGUAAUGAGGUUUCGACACCUAGCGGGGACAAAGAUAGAGGCAGAGUGGCUGAAGUUGCUCUCGUAUUUAUCCUUUUUUGUCUUAUUUCAUUCUAUCCUUUCGUGGAAUUAUUUAUAAAAACUUUGUGAGUGGUGGCUUGUAGUUCUUGGGCUUUAUCUUCUCAUUAGGGAGAUUGAGACAGCAAAAAUGACUAGUCUCAGGAUGAGAUGUUCUUUGGCCUGAAGAGGUUGUUGAAAUAAGAAGAGAAGAAUAGCUCUUGCCACUCAAAAGUUUUACACAACAAAGUUUGGAAGAUGCCUUUUCAAGCUUUUCUCAGAACAUUUGGGAUUCUUUCAAUAAAAUUAUCACUGAAGUUGAAAAAUGAUCCCCUCUUAUCAAAAGGAGCGGGAAAUUUUAAGGGUAUGCAACAUGUCAUCUAUUAUAAAAGUUGCAUCUUUUGUUUUUUACCUUUAUGAGAAAUUUAAGUUGUCGAGCUCCAUGCAAAAUGUAAGCAUCUGUCAGAAUUCCAUAUGAUAUUUAUUAUGUCUUCUGAUAUGAAGAACUGUAAAUCUUUGCUCUCUUAUGUCUUGUUAUUAUGAGUAAUAGCAUUAAAUCCUUUUA